GGUCGGAUAUUUGGACGCGGAUCCGUGUUCUUUCUAAAUCCCUCGCCCUCGAACCGAUCUCCUUCCUCGAGCGAUCGAUCGAUCUCAGAGGAAACUCUCGUUGCUCUUCUCCGUCGUUACCUUUCCUGCCGCCUUCCGAAUCCCCGGCGAUUCAAUUCCGUUGGAAUUAAUCGAUUUGGUGGUCCUUUCUUCCUUUCUCUGGAGUUUCCAUUGUGCAAUUUCGAGUCUCUCUCGGAUCGGGGUUUGCGGAGUCGUGGUGCCGCAGAGACAUGUCCAGAGGUUCGUCUGCGGAGAAGGAGCCUGACGAUCUCAACUCCGAGUUCGUUGAGAUCGAUCCCACGAGGCGAUACGGGAGGUACAAUGAGGUCCUAGGAAAGGGCGCUUUCAAGACCGUGUACAAGGCUUUUGAUGAAUUGGAAGGGAUAGAGGUUGCUUGGAACCAGGUGAAAGUGGUGGAUUUGCUCAGAAACGCCGAUGACCUGGAUAGGCUCUACUCCGAGGUUCACCUGCUGAAGACCCUGAAGCACAAGAACAUCAUCAAAUUUUACAGUUCAUGGGUUGAUGCCAAGAACAACAAUAUCAAUUUCAUCACUGAGGUCUUUACAUCAGGGACCUUGCGCCAGUAUCGAAAAAGACAUAAGCAGGUAGACAAGAGAGCAUUGAAAAAGUGGUCAAGGCAAAUUUUGAGUGGGCUUCUCUACCUCCAUGGUCAUGAUCCACCAGUUAUCCAUCGAGAUCUGAAAUGCGAUAAUAUAUUUGUGAAUGGUAACCAAGGUGAGGUGAAGAUAGGUGACCUAGGAUUGGCUGCCAUUCUUCGCCAUGCUAACUCUGCUCACACUGUUAUUGGGACGCCAGAGUUCAUGGCUCCAGAACUUUAUGAGGAAGAAUACAAUGAGCUUGUAGAUAUUUAUGCAUUUGGCAUGUGUUUACUCGAGUUGGUGACAUUUGAGUAUCCAUAUGUGGAAUGCAACAAUGCAGCACAAAUAUACAAGAAAGUAACUUCGGGAACGAAGCCUGCCUCAUUAGCAAAGGUAAAAGAUCCAGAAGUCAAGAAGUUUAUUGAACAAUGCAUUGCCAACGUUUCAGAAAGAUUAUCUGCCAAGGAAUUAUUACAAGAUCCUUUUCUCCAAUUGGACUCAGAAAAUGACCUCACCCAUGGACCAACUUCAAAUCAACCAGAUAAUUGUGGCCAGUCUAAUGCAAGUCCAAAUUCUGACCAGGCCGAACAAGGUUCAAGUGGUGUAGAUUUUACCAUGGAAGGUCAACGCAAAGACAUCAAUACAAUUUCUUUGAAGUUGCGCUUUGAAGAUUCUACAGGUCAAGUUCGGAACAUUCUUUUCCCAUUUGAUAUUGUAGCAGACACAUCUGUGAGUGUUGCAACCGAAAUGGUGGCAGAAUUAGACCUCACUGAUCAAGAUGUCACAACCAUUGCAUCAAUGAUAGAUACUGAGAUACAAGCCUAUUUUCCCGAUUGGAGGCCUUUUGAGAAUGGAACAGUUUCAGACAGCAAUGAACAUGACUCUGAAGCUGAAGAUCCAUCAGGUAAUUUCUGUCUGGAGCGUCUUCCUUCUGGUCGAAAAUACUGGUCUGAUUCUCCAAAGGCAGCUGGUGCAGACUCACCAUCAUCCUUUGCACAAUCAAAUGCAUCUAUUGAGUUGAUUUCAUAUGGAAGUCAGGAUAUAUCUGUUGAGUGUUAUGAUGGGAACGAUGACUCCUUUCUUAAAAACCAAAGGGAAUAUCACUCAAAUACUUCUUCUCUGAAACUACAGAGAAAUUCCCUACAUUUUAGUGAUCAUGAUGAAAACAAAGUAGUUAUUGGUCCAUCACCAUUAUCUAUAUCAAAUAAGCAAGCCUCUAGCAACAAGGUAAACGAAAAUCAUGAACAAGCAGUUUUCUGCACUGGAUCUAAGACAUGUAACUUUGGUUCCAAGUCGGAGCAGAACAAAGAAGACCAUAAGCAAUUGCAUGAAACAUCAGAACCUUUGGAGUCGGAAUAUAUGCAAUCCCUUUCUCAGAAACUAGAGCAGCUUUUGAUCGAACAACAAAGGGAGCUUCAUGAAGUACAAAAGAAGCAUGAGAUUGCCAUAGCAUAUGUGUUAAAGGAGCUGCCUCCUGAGCAACAUGGUAUAGUUCUAACCCUGUGUCACGCAAAAGUUACUUAUCCCAAGAAGAAAACAUAGUUGUCUUGGGCUCACAUGACCAUGUCAUCGAGGCUAGGUGAUUUUCAUGUAGAAGCUCGAAUGGAAUUAACCACUGUACCUACAACCUCACUGACUUGUCUUAUUUUGCAAACACUGUUGCAUUAUGAGUUUGUUAAUUUUUCUUCUUCUUUUGUUAAGGAAGCAACUCAGUUUUGAGCAUGCAAGUCAGUUGUUUGAAAGGAUGUCAUUUUUCUUCUAUCCAUGAAAAGUAAUCUUUAUCUUGUUUUCUUA